AUGCGCUUCCCAAUCCUCACCCUCACUUUUCUCUCUACGAUCCUAACCCUUUCCUCCACCACCCACGCCCACCCAGCUCCAAGCACAGACUAUCUCCAUCCCCGCGGUCAAGGCACCAUCACCUUCCUUGGCUCCAUCCUUAACAACGGGUUGAAAAUCCUCCAGCUAGACAAAUCCGUCCGCUACUUCACCCCCGAGCGUUUGAACGACGUCAAGUCUCGCUCCUCAGAAGCACUCCAAAGCCUCGAUGAAGCAACAGCGGCUGGAAAAUCCAUCGGUCACUUCGAUCCUCUGAGUAGUCACGUAAUUGCUGCAUUAUGUCCAGCUUUGAAGUCGGUCUAUUCUAGUAUGAUCUAUGCUAUACGCGAUAAGCGCGAGGAGCUAACCGCAGCGAAAUACAAAGACGAGAUGAUCAAGACGCUGGUUGCUCUCCGGGUGAAAAGUCGGGAGUUCGCGGAACUGGUGAAGAAGAUAAUCAUUGAGCCUGAUGGAUCAUACUGUUUGUUUCUGGAAGACUUCGUUGAUAAGCGAUAUUCGAAGACGAUUGACGAAUACAAGGGGAUAGAUAGCGGUGGGACAGAUGGUGUAGAGGAAGAUAUCUGGAACGUGGAAGACUGA